CGCUUUAACUUUCAUCAAGCGUUGUAUCUGUUCUGCAAAGCAACUUUAUCGCUUGUGUUUACAUCGUCUAACUUUCUUUCCUUGCAAUUAUACCUCUACUUCAGCAUCUGGUCACAUCCGACAGUCGCUCGAUUGGGUAUUGUAAGUGUUGUGAUCGGCGGCAUUUGCGCACUUGCUUACAUGGGCUAUCUAGCCUUUCUGGUUAUUCGUGCCUUGAUACAAAUUUUGAAUAAGCGUCGAUUGUUGGCUAACUUGCCGACCGAGCAGAAACGCUACUAUACCGGAGUGAUCUAUCGAUUCACCGCUCUGCUUACGUACACACUUAUCUGUGCCGCAGACUUCGUGGUAUGUCCGUGUGUCGUAAACAUGAAACCACACCGUUUCUUUGCUGACUUACUCCAAUUGCAUUCCGAUCAUUGGGCCUGGGGUGAACGAUCGAUUGAAUACGGGUCCGCAUUUAUCACCGGUGUCUAUGGGAUGUGGAAUGUCUACGUUUUUGUCGUCCUAUGUUUGUACGCCCCAUCACACAAGUUUCGUAGUGAAGCUGGACAAGAGCUGUAUGAUCGGCUUGUCACCAGUGUGCAUAUUCCACAGUCCUCAGACUCACAAUCAGUCGGACAGGAUGACACGAUUGAAUUGGUUCCGACAACAAACCGUACAAGACGAGCCACUCCAAAGUCGUCCGAAGGCCUUGCUUUUCUACGCAAAGCAACCCUGGAGUGA